CGGAAGGAAAAAUGAAGCUGCAUUUCUCACUUAAUAAGGAAGAGAAAGACUGUAACGUCUGUCACAGAAUUUGGUCUCAUAUUUCAGUAAAAUGUUCAGCAUGUGUGUCGUUCUGCUCGUCUUUUUCAGCAUCUCUACAGUAGUUGUAGUUUCUUCAAAAACAGUCACAGGACACAGAGGAGAGAGAGUUGACAUCAGAUGCAGCUAUGAUGCUGGAUAUGAAUCAAAUUCAAAGUAUUUUUGUAAAGGCAAGUGUAACUAUAGAAAUAAAAUCAUCAUGGUUAAAUCAGGAUCUCCAGCUAAAGACAAGAGAUUCUCUCUGACUGACAACAAGAGGACCAGAGUUUUCACCGUCAGCAUCACUGAUCUGAGAACAGAGGACACAGGACUAUACUGGUGUGCUGUGAAGAGGCCUUUUACUGAUAUCUAUUCAGAGAUUUUGUUGAUUGUUAAACAGAGUAAACCGUCAUAUUUCAGCACAACAGAACCAAAUCCACGAUCCAGCAGCAUCACAAUCACAGAAAGAAAAGAAAGAAUCACAGAUCAACACAAAUCAGCAGAUCUGUCUUCUGUCGCUGGUGGUCUGGGUUCGGUUCUGCUGGUUCUGGUUCUGUGUUCUGGAACAUUCCUCAUCCUGAAAAAGAGGAAGAGGAAAUCUGGGACAGCUUUAUUUCAGCAAAAUGUGCAGCACAAUACGGAGAGUGUCCACAUGUAUGAGAUUGCAAACAGUGACCCUGGACCAUCUGAUGUCAUCGCUUCAACAUCUUCGCCCAAUCAGAUGCCUGCAUCGCACCUCAACACCCGCCCACAAGUCUCUGCUGUUUAUGCUACAGUAACCAAUCAGCAGCCUGAUUCAAAGCCCAGUCGCAUCCACUCAGCCAAUCAGGUGACGAUCUGUGAUUAUUAUGCCAAUAUGAACUCACCUGAACCAACAACAGACUGCAGAACAGAACUGAUUUACGCAACAGCGACACAUCCGCAAAAUGUCAAGACAAACGACGGCCUGAUAUAUUCAGUGAUCAAACAUAAAUAAAAAAAGACAAAAAAGU